AUGUCAGAGUCGGGAAGCGAGGUGAAAGAGAAAUGCACCAAAGAGACAGACACCAAAUGUCAAUGCAGAGGAGGAUUUAGUCCACUGGAGUCGGAUUCUUCUACUUGCGAAUGUGCCGUUGGCUUUGGGUUGAGGCAAGGAGAAUGCUCACAAUGUGAGCAUGGAUUUUUCAGUCGACGUCCCAACUCCCGUUGUUUUAAAUGGAAAGAGUGUACGUCUGGCGUCAACGUCAGCGGCAGCAGCACCUCUGACGUCCUCUGCAACAGCGAGCCACAGACAUCAAACGCCACUGCGUCUGUCAUCACAACUUUAAAACCCCAACGUCCACAUGAAGGGGCUCAAAGUCCUGACAACACGCAUCUGAAUACCACCAUCGCCACCGCAGAGCAUCACGUGACCCCCGAGGACAAAGUACAGCCCGCUCAGCCUUCAAACAACAACAGCCAACACAUUGGUAUUCCCUUUCUCAUCUUUGGAAUUGUCGGACUGCUUGUUCUUACUGCGCUGACGUGUAAAAUGCACCUUACUCCUUGUGUGAGAAGACAGCCGGCAGUGCGACGCGACUCACUGUGUCGCAGGCCCGUAGAAGAAAGCGGUGAUGGCCGUCCCUCCUUUCUCAAACUAAAUACAGAGGAGCCCUAAUCGGCCGUCAUCUACUCAACUGGGAUAGGCUCCAGCAUGCCCUCAGGAUAACGAGCAUAGAAAAUGUAUAUUUUGCAGCAAUAGUUCUUGAUGAUUUUGUUGACCUUUAACAUUUAACUUGUUUUACUGUGUGGAUGGUGUAUCCUAUUAAACUGCUCACAUAUUAUAUAUAAAGAUUGUCAUCUUUAAAUGUCUGUUAUGUUAAUGAUAAGCCCCCCCCAGCUGUGUCUUGUCUUCAGCAGACAACGAUGUGGCAAACAUGUUGUCGCAGGUGUGUGUGUGUGUGUGUGUGGUCGGGGUUUUUUCCACGAGUGACGUCAAAGUCCCUCCCAUGCUUUCACGGUCUUUGUGACAUAUAUGGAAACUCAUAACAUUACAACAUCAUCA